GCAGGCUAAGUAUAUCAGCGCGGAACAACGGGCGCUCACCCUGUAUUGCAUAGCCCACAACCUCGGCUGCAAUCCCUGUGGGCAGUGAAGAUGAGAUAUCAUCUGUCGGAGAGCCUCCAGUAUAUAGGUAGCUUCCAUAUGUCCACUACCAAUAUCAACGAAGCAUUCAUUGCCGUGUCGCAUCAGCAAUUUGUGAACGUCUGCUGCACAGUAGCAGCGAUAGUUGUGCUGGUAUACGAUUACGCUCUGACCAUCGACCGAGAAAUCGGCUUAUUUUGGUUCGAACGGAAGCUGUCGGGUGCAAAUAUCAUCUGCGCACUCGCUCGAACUGUCGCACUCGGUUACGUGAUUGUAGCAUGUCUCGUCAAUCCAACAUCCUGGACAUCUACAAGGUGUAAGGGUGUGCUACUAGCAUCCGACUUACUCGUGCUGUUGUCAUACCUCAUCUGGGCAGUCGUGUCCGCUUUCCGGGUGUACGCCCUCACACACCGAAAAUGGGCAUUAACGAUUUUGACAUUGGCUCUCGGGAUUGUCCCCGCGGCGAUGAACGCAGCCACAAUAUCCACCUCGGCUUAUCAGGUUCAAUCGCUCGGAGGCAAGACUUUCUGCUGGGUGUCCAAUCCUAACCACCCAGCGAUGAGUAGUAGAUUUGUGCUUCUGAUAGCCCCUGCAUGCGGCAUGAUAUCUGAUAUCAUCGUGCUUCUCAUCACGUUCCACUGCAUUCGUCCACUCCCAUGUCUACGCAUGUGGGCUCGUUCUUCUGAACGGGGCCCUUUGCAAGUUCUACUGAGGGCCGGGGCGCUAUAUUUCGUCGUCUUGACGACCCUGAAUGGUCUGCAAUUCAUCAUAUACAUCAAGACGCCUACAGGAUUUGUGGACUCGUUCAUCGCUCCUGUGAUUCUUAUCUUUGUGCCCCGCUUGAUGCUCGAUCUUCGGGAAUCGACGGUAGCGCCCGUCAUACAUGCGAGUGAGGUAUUCGAGAUGACUGGCAAUAGCUAUGAUACAACAGCGGCCGGAGAGCAUGUAGUAAACGAUGUCGAAGACCCAUACGGCUUUGCAUGACCUGUAAGCGGGUUUCUCUUGUCCGAGUCACGCAACUUUGGGUGGGCGACAAUAUUGUCUUGCUUCGACUCCGAGUCAAUGUGGAGAGCCCCCACGUCACCCUUUGCCCUUUG